GAGCUGCCACGUAAUGUUGUGUGUCGCGUCGAUGAAAUACAACAUUUUCGAGGAUAAUAAACUACGAAUUAUUCUGUAAAAAGUGUAAUGUACAUUUCAUUGUGCAGUGUCGAAUAAAGUUUUUAUCAUAUAUUCUGUGUUAAUCUUGUCCAAAAGUAUCUAAGUCAGCUAUCAAAUCCAAUGAGUAUGCCACCAGAUUCUAUGAAUAAACGAUAUUCAGAAUCAUAUUCUGAUCAAAUGAAUCAUAUAAAUAAUCAAAUGAAUAUGAUGUCUACAACACAACUUGGUUAUAAUAAACUAUGGUAUCCAAGUCAAUCAUCAAAUCCAAUGAGUAUGCCACCAGAUUCAGUGAAUAAACGUUAUACGGAAUCAUAUUCUGAUCAAAUAAAUCAUGUAAAUAAUCAAAUGAAUAUGAUGCCAGCACCACAAGUUGGAUGUAAUAAAUUAUGGUAUCCAAAUCAGCUACCAAAUUCAAUGAAUAUGCCACCAGAUUCAUUGAAUAAACGAUAUCCAGAAUCAUAUCCUGAUCAAAUAAAUCAUUUAAAUAAUCAAAUGAAUAUGAUGUCUGUUACCCAACUUGGUUAUAAUAAAUUGUGGGGAAUGGAGACUAUUGAUCUUUUACAAUGUCGAAAUGUUCUACCUAUAGAAAAAGUAGAGUCACCAAAAAUUAAACUUCAUCAAGAGUUUUUAGACAGUGUGAAUUGUAGUCCAGACAUUUUCCGCUGCACACUUACAAAGAUUCCUGUAUCAAAUUCUUUGCUACAGAAAUCUAGAUUGCCUUUAGGAGUUUUAAUACAUCCUUUCAAAGAUUUAAAUCAUUUACCAGUAAUACAAUGUAGUACAAUAGUUCGUUGUCAUGCUUGCAGAACAUAUAUUAAUCCAUUUGUAUAUUUCAAUGAUUCAAAAAGAUGGAAAUGUAAUCUUUGUUAUAGAAUAAAUGAAUUGCCAGAAGAAUUUCAAUUUGAUCCUGUAACAAAAUCAUAUGGAGAUCCAUCAAGAAGACCAGAAGUAAAAACUAGUACAAUUGAAUUUAUUGCAUCUAGUGAAUAUAUGCUACGUCCACCACAGCCAGCUGUGUAUUUGUUUGUUUUGGACGUUUCGAGAUUAGCAGUAGAAAGUGGUUACUUGAACACAGUCUGCAACGUAAUUUCAGAAGAAUUAUCAAGACUGCCAGGUGAUAGUAGAACACAAAUAGGAUUUUUAGCAGUAGAUUCUGCUAUACAUUUCUUUGGCAUACCUGACAAUGUAUCACAACCUCAGGAAAUGAUUAUGCUUGAUAUCGAUGAUGUAUUUCUUCCAUGUCCGGAGAAUUUAAUUGUCAACUUGAAAGAACGAGAAGAAUUAGUAAGAGAUUUAUUGAUUCAGUUACCCAUAAAAUUUCAAGGAACUCAUGACACAAAUAGUGCAUUGGGUGCAGCUCUGCAAGCUGCAUAUAAACUUAUGUCACCAACUGGUGGACGUGUAACCGUCUUCCAAACUUGCUUACCAAAUCUAGGACCAGGUUUAUUGCAAGCAAGAGAAGAUCCAAAUAACAGAGCAAGUAAAGAUGUACCGCAUUUAAAUCCAGUAACAGAUUUUUACAAAAGAUUAGCACUAGAUUGCAGUGGACAACAAAUUGCAGUCGAUUUAUUUUUGUUAAACUGUCAAUAUUGUGAUCUAUCUACUAUUUCGGGUAUGUGUAAAUUUUCUGGAGGUUGCAUAUAUCAUCUUCCAUUAUUCCGCGCUUCGAAACCACAGCAUGUGGAAACACUUGACAGAAUAUUGAGGCGUUAUCUUACUAGAAAAAUCGGUUUCGAAGCAGUGAUGAGAAUACGAUGCACACGAGGAUUGAGUAUUCAUACUUUUCACGGAAAUUUCUUCGUGCGAUCAACUGAUCUUCUUAGUUUGCCUAACGUUAAUCCAGAUGCUGGUUUUGGAAUGCAAAUCUCCAUAGAAGAGAAUCUUUCAGAUGUACAAAAUGUUUGUUUUCAGGCAGCUUUACUUUAUACAUCAAGUAAAGGUGAAAGAAGAAUUAGAGUACACACAUUGUGCCUACCAGUAGUUUCUACUUUGUCUGAUGUUCUUCAUUCUGCUGAUCAACAAUGCAUAGUAGGCCUACUUUCUAAAAUGGCUGUAGACAGAUCUCAGCAAUCCUCUAUAUCUGAUGCAAGAGAUGCUCUAAUAAAUGUGGCCAUAGAUGUUUUAUCAGCUUAUAAAUUGUCUCAAUCAGCUGCCUCUGGUGGACUUCUUGCUCCAGCAAGUUUAAAGCUAUUACCCCUAUAUAUUAUUGCUCUACUCAAAUGUAUUGCUUUCAGAUCUGGAACAAACACAAGACUUGAUGAUCGAGUGUUUGCUAUGUGUCAGUUAAAAACUGUACCGCUGUUUCAAUUAAUCCAAAUGAUUUAUCCAGAUCUUUAUCCUAUUCAUGCGUUUGAAGAUCGAAAUGCGAAAGAUAUCGAUGGUAAAUUAUGUCCACAACCACCUAGAUUACAUCUUUCUGCUGAGAAACUUGACUCUAGGGGUGCUUUUCUAAUGGAUACUGGAGAUCAGAUAUUUAUUCUAAUCGGCAAAAAUAUUCAUCCUUCGUUUUGUUGUAAUGUGCUUGGAGUUUCUGCUUUUCCAUCAAUACCAGAAGAAUUUUAUGAAUUACCAGAAAUUGAAACAACAGAAAGCGAAAGGUUACGAAACUUUGUAUUUAGUUUGCAAGAAGAGAAACCCUAUCCAGCUUCUAUACAAAUUAUUCGGGACGACAGUCAUUUUAGGACACUUUUUAUUGAGCGAUUAAUUGAAGAUCGUUUUGAGAAUUCUUUGAGUUAUUAUGAAUUUUUGCAACAUCUUAAGACUCAAGUGAAAUAA